AUGGCACCUGUGCGCAUUGCUGUGGAAGGCUGCGGCCAUGGCAGCCUCAACGACAUUUAUGAGACUGUGGAUCGCAAGGCCACUGAGAAAGGCUGGGGUUCUGUUGAUAUUGUCAUCAUCGGCGGAGAUUUCCAGGCUCUACGUAAUGCCAAUGAUGCGACUUGUCUUUCAGUCCCCGACAAGUUCAAGCAAAUCGGCGACUUUCAUGAAUACUACAGUGGUGCUCGUACUGCGCCCUAUCUGACACUGUUCAUCGGAGGCAACCAUGAGGCAAGCAAUCACCUUUCCGAGCUUUAUUACGGCGGUUGGGUGGCCCCCAAAAUCUUCUUCAUGGGCGCCGCCAACAUCAUGCGCUUGGGACCUCUCCGAAUCUCCGGAAUGUCCGGCAUCUGGAAGGGCUAUGACUACCGCAAGGCCCACUAUGAGCGACUGCCUUACAACCGAGAUGAUGUUUCCUCAAUUUAUCAUAUCCGAGAGCUGGAUGUGCGCAAGUUGCUUCAGGUCCGCACUCAAGUCGACAUCGGACUGUCUCAUGAUUGGCCCAAGGGGGUGGAGAAGCUUGGGGACUAUGGCACCCUGUUUCGCAAGAAGUCAGGCUUCAAAGCUGAUUCCGAUUCAGGAAAGCUUGGAAGUGUGGCUGCACGUGAGGCUCUGAAUCAUCUUCGUCCCGCCUAUUGGCUUUCAGCUCAUCUGCAUGUUCGCUUCACUGCAAAGGUUCCCCAUAAUCCACCCCGUGCGAAGUCCAAUCCUUUGAGUCCCCGCAGUCCUCCUGUCGACGUUGUCGAUGCGAAGAAGGACUCUCCGGUUUCACGCAGCAACCUCAACACCAGCACCCUCGCUGGUCAUCAAUUGCUCGGCACUGCCAUUGGGGACGAACAUACUCGGAUCAAAGCUUGGAAUGCAUUCGGAGCUACUGCCCGGCGGGCUGAGAAGGAGAGACACGACCAAGAGAUGUUUAUGCAGAUGAUCAGGGCGAGACAGCCACAAGUUCCACGGAACAUUACCUUUCAUGAGACAUCCAAGAUUGGCGGCGGCCCUGUUCAGACAUGCAUACGUGGCGCCGACGGAGAAAAGAUCGAGUCUGCCCCGGUCGACGAUGAGCAAAUCAAAGACCACGACAAAGUCAGCGAGGGAAAUAGCGCUGUGGAUAUCCCUCUGGAGGAGGUGCUUACCCAGCAGGGGUCUUCGUUCGUUGAAACAACCGAAAGUGUCAGGACUACUAAGCUUACUAAGACGACCACGGAUGUCAAGAUGACCGAUGAGGUCGCUGACAAUAUGGACAAGAUCAGCAUUUCCACGAGCCCCAGCAGCGCCCCCAGCGUGAAAUCCCCUCCAGCUGAGAAGGCCCUGCCGAAAGCUGAUAUCUCUCUGAAUUGGAGUGAUGACCGCACUCCGGAUACCUGGUGGAACGAUGGUGUGGACGAUCGAGUUUGUGCCGUGGAAACCGAACUCCCAGCCAGCCUUGGGCAGUCGUCUCUCUCAAAGCCUGUGUCAAACCGGCCUGCUCCAUACCUCCCGGCCCCCGAGAAGAUUCAGAACCUUGCAACCCAGUUCCUGACCUUGGACAAGCCCCAUAACCAUGAUGACUUUGUUGAACUGCUGGAGAUUGAGCCAAUCUCCGAGCAAGGCGGUGCUGCAAUUGAGUCGCCCCUACGACUUCAGUAUGAUAAGGAGUGGCUGGCGAUUCUUCGUGCAUUUGCUGAUGAGCUCGAGUUUGGUGGACCGCCCAAUGUUCCUGUCCCUCCUCACAAGGGAUAUGAAUUCUACCAACAGCGUAUCAUUGAAGAGGAAGAGUGGGUUGAAGAGAAUAUUGUGAAGGCUGGUUUGCUGGACGUCCCGACUGACUUCGUUUUGACUGCCCCCAUCUAUGACCCUGGUGUUUCCAUCAACACCCAGGAGCAGCCAAAGGAAUACACCAACCCGCAGACUUCUGCCUUCUGCAAGCUGAUCGGCAUUGAGAAUAAGUUUGACAUGAGCGAAGAAGAACGCCAGGCUCGUAUGGCAGCAGGCCCACGCGUUGAAGCCCCCCGACACUUCCAGGGAAACCGUGGUGGACGUGGUGGACGUGGUCGCGGGGCCCGUGGCGGACGUGGUCCUGGGCGCGGUGCAUACAGUGGUCGUGCUGGGCGUGGUAGCUCAGGACCCCCAGCCCAGAGCACUACUGAUAUUGCCUGUUCAACAUCAAUAGCAUCAAUAGUGAAGUUCAAUGGAAAUGAAAAGCAAAAAAGUAGUGCAUCAUCCGUGAAUCGAACACGGGCCUCGUCGAUGGCAACGACGAAUUCUACCACUAGACCAAUGAUGCUAGUCCAACAGGCGGAUCAGAUAGGUGAUUGGCUGUUGAUAUCUGCAAGUCCCCAGUUGGAUAUAUGA